AUGAGCAUCACCGCCGUGAACGCUCCGACGCACGCGGACGUGCGCUACUUCGACAACUCGUGGCUGCAGAUCGGCCAGGACCUGCGCACGCAGCGCUGGAAGAACGUGGUCACCAUCGACCGCAUGCUGCUCCACCACCGCCCGCACGAGGUGCGCACGCACGUGGAGCAGAACACCAACUGGAGCGCCAAGACCUUCACGCUCGCGCUCAAGGUGGAGCGCAUCCUCUUCGAGGCCGCGGCCUCGCGCGAGAGCUACCUGGACGAGAAGACGCUGCGCGCGCGCGUGGCGCAGGUCUCGCGCCGACUCAUCGAGCUGCGCAAGCGCAAGAACAUGGCCAAGUUCGGCCUGCGGUUGCCUCGCCACGUCCCCGUGGCGAAGCGCGCGCGGCAGUGA